UCUUUGAUUAAUCCUUCUUACUUAUAACUCCAACAAAGUCCUCACCAUUAUUUCUUCAAUUUCAAAAUUUUUCUUUUUCAAUUAUGUCUUCUUUGUUGACUUCUCAAGGUGUUGUAUUUGCCACAGCCAUGGCUGUAUCUGCUGGCACUAUGAUCCUUUUAGCCACUUUUCGUCUUCAAAAAACUCAAGAAUUUUCCUUCAAUUCAAUUUCGAAUAUCCCUCCUCGAUCCUGCAUAUCUACAGAUAGAAGGAAGAAGGAGAAGAAGAAGAAAAGGGUGAAAUUUGCAGAAGAUGUGGUGGAGCCAAGUGGGAAUAGUGAAGAAUAUAGAAAGCUUCGUCAUUUUAAUAAUAAUAAUUUUCGUCGUGGAAAUAAAAACGAAGUCUUCUCUGCUUUCUCAAAUUCGGAUUCAAAUGAAUUAAACAAGAGGGCGAAAGUGGAAGAAAUGCCGGCUAAUCGGGCCGCCCUCUACAAUGCUAUGCUCAAGGGUCGGGUCAUCAACCGGGUCACUUAUUCCUAUUAACGAUCCAUCUGGGUUCGCGAUUAUUAUCCAAAUUAAUUUAUGUACAAAUUACUUAGUCAUACUUUCUUUUAACCAUUUGAUGUUCGAAAAUCCGUGUCGCAUAUGAUCAGUUUAGGAGGAUCUGCUUUUUAGAAAAAAAAGAUUCUCUAUAUUAAGAUGUAAAUUCAUGAUCCUUUAAUUAAAGGUGAAGAGAUCAUGUGUAUUUCGUGAUUGAAAUGCUCGAAUUACGAUAAAAAGGUAAAUAGCUUUUUUUUUUUUAAGAAUUUAAGAAAAAAGGAGAAGGAGGUGGUCCAUGUGCUCAUCAUGUGGGAGAGUAGUUUUAAUUAGGAUUUUUUUUUCCUUUUAAUUAAGGAAUUUGUGUAAUUUUAUUAUGUGUAUUUAAAGGAAAAAUUGUAAAAGGUAGAAAUAUUUACAUGUAUUUUAAUUUGUAUAGAAGGUGAUUUUUGAAUACAUGAAGGAUGUGAUUUUAUGACUAA